GUAGCGGGCUUGCGCAUGCGCAGGGUAGGGCCCCGCCGUGCGCUUUGUGGCGCUGCCGGAAGCGGGUGCGGGCCGAGCGCGGCGAGCAGCGCUCCCCGUCCCGUGUGGCCGCGGCCCUGUGGCGCCGGCGGCCUAAGGGAGUGGCGCGCCCCGACAUGUCUGCCGGGCUCUCGGCGCAGGUGUUGUUUGGAUUGUAGCAUAGAGGCACUAUGUACUCAGAGUGGAGAUCCUUGCAUCUUGUCAUUCAAAAUGAUCAGGGGAAUACCAGUGUACUUCACAGCUAUCCUGAGAAUGUGGGGAGAGAAGUGGCAAAUGCAGUGGUGCGUCCUCUUGGACAGGCUUUAAUUACAUCAUCUGUUGGAAGUGAGAGUUUACUAAAAACAGACAAAGAAGUAAAAUGGACUAUGGAGGUGGUUUGUUAUGGACUGACCCUCCCUUUGGACGGCGAUACUGUGAAAUACUGUGUGGAUGUGUACACAGAUUGGAUUAUGGCUCUUGUGUUACCUAAGGACUCUAUUCCUUUACCUGUUAUUAAGGAACCAAACCUUUAUGUUCAAAGCAUUCUCAAACAUCUCCAAAAUCUCUUUGUACCAAGGCCAGACCCGGGAUCCAGUCAGAUCAGACUGUGCUUGCAGGUUUUGAAAGCUGUCCAGAAGCUGGCGCAUGAGUCAACAAUUAUGGCAAGAGAAACCUGGGAGGUUUUGUUAUUAUUUCUUCUUCAGAUCAAUGACACUCUUCUAGCAGCUCCAACUGUGCAAGGUGGCAUUGCUGAGAAUCUGGCUGAAAAAUUAAUUGGCGUGCUGUUUGAGGUAUGGUUACUUGCUUGUACGCGGUGCUUUCCAACACCUCCUUACUGGAAAACUGCCAAAGAGAUGGUGGCUAACUGGCGACAUCAUCCUGCAGUAGUUGAGCAGUGGAGCAAGGUCAUUUGUGCCCUUACUUCCAGGUUGCUGCGUUUUACAUAUGGACCUUCAUUUCCUCCAUUCAAAAUUCCCGAUGAGGAUGCUGGUCUGAUUCCUCUUGAAAUGGAUAAUGAGUGCGUUGCACAAACAUGGUUUCGCUUUUUACAUAUGCUGAGUAAUCCUGUGGAUUUGAGUAACCCAGCCAUUAUUAGCUCUACCCCCAAAUUUCAGGAGCAGUUUCUGAAUGUGAGUGGGAUGACUCAAGAACUGAAUCAGUACCCCUGCCUUAAACAUCUGCCUCAAAUAUUCUUUCGUGCCAUGCGUGGAAUCAGCUGUUUAGUGGAUGCAUUUCUAGGCAUCUCCCGACCCCGGUCAGACAGUGCACCACCCACACCGGUGAACAGGCUGAGCAUGCCCCAGAACACUGCUACCAACACCACUCCACCCCACAACCGGAGGCAUCGGGCAGUGACUGUGAACAAAGUGACGAUGAAAACCAGCACUGUAACUACUGCACAUGCUUCAAAAGUGCAGCACCAACCCUCUUCUACUUCUCCACUUUCUAGCCCAAACCAGACAAGCUCUGAGCCUCGGCCACUUCCAGCUCCUCGCAGGCCAAAGGUUAACAGCAUCUUGAACCUCUUUGGAUCAUGGUUAUUUGAUGCAGCAUUUGUUCACUGUAAACUUCAUAAUGGAAUAAACAGAGACAGCAGCAUGACAGCAUCUUUUAUCCAAAUUCUUCUUUCUUAUAAAUCUUCUCUAGCAACGCAGGCUAGUGUGGAAUUCCGCCGGAAAGGAUCCCAAAUGUCCACUGACACUAUGGCUUCCAACCCCAUGUUUGAUGCAAGUGAAUUCCCAGACAACUAUGAAGCAGGAAGGGCAGAGGCAUGCGGGACACUGUGUAGGAUAUUUUGUAGCAAGAAGACUGGGGAGGAAAUAUUACCAGCUUACCUAUCCCGAUUUUACAUGCUUUUAAUUCAGGGUUUGCAGAUAGCAGAUUUCGUUUGCCACCCGGUUCUUGCCAGUGUUAUUUUAAACUCCCCUCCUCUAUUCUGCUGUGACCUGAAAGGAAUUGAUGUUGUGGUUCCCUACUUCAUUUCAGCUCUGGAGACAAUUUUACCUGACAGGGAACUCUCGAAGUUUAAAAUCUAUGUAAAUCCCACAGAGCUAAGAAGAGCUUCCAUUAACAUCUUGCUAUCUCUGUUGCCUCUCCCUCAUCAUUUUGGAACCAUAAAGUCUGAGGUUGUCCUGGAAGGGAAAUUCAGCAAUGACGAAAGCUCAGCAUACGAUAAACCAGUAACAUUCCUGUCCUUGAAGCUGAGGCUUGUGAAUAUCCUUAUAGGAGCUUUGCAAACGGAAACUGAUCCAAACAACACUCAAAUGAUACUAGGUGCAAUGUUAAAUAUUGUUCAGGAUUCAGCACUGCUAGAAGCCAUUGGCUGUCAGAUGGAAACAAAUGGUGGUGAGAACAACCUCUUCAAAAGCCACAGUCGCACGAACAGUGGCAUUAGCACUGCAAGCGGUGGCAGCACAGAGCCCACGACGCCUGACAGUGAGCGGCCAGCACAGGCCCUCCUGAGGGAUUAUGCUCUUCAUACAGAUACAGCUGCUGGAUUGCUGAUCCGCAGCAUUCACCUGGUAACCCAAAGGCUCAACUCCCAGUGGAGGCAGGACAUGAGUAUCUCUCUGGCUGCCCUGGAGCUGCUCUCUGGACUGGCAAAGGUGAAGGUGGUGGUGGAUCCUGCGGAUCGGAAGCGCGCCAUCAGCUCCGUGUGCAGCUACAUCGUCUACCAGUGCAGCCGCCCGGCCCCGCUGCACUCCCGGGACCUGCACUCCAUGAUCGUGGCAGCUUUCCAGUGCCUCUGUGUCUGGCUCACGGAGCACCCUGACAUGCUGGAUGAGAAGGAUUGUUUAAAAGAGGUACUGGAGAUUGUGGAGCUGGGCAUUUCAGGGAGUAAAUCCAAAAACAGCGAACAGGAGGUCAAGUACAAAGGAGAUAAGGAGCCAAACCCUGCAUCCAUGCGAGUGAAGGAUGCUGCUGAAGCUACACUGACAUGUAUUAUGCAGUUACUUGGAGCAUUUCCUUCUCCCAGUGGUCCUGCUUCUCCUUGCAGCUUGGUGAAUGAAACCACAUUAAUUAAAUAUUCCCGUCUCCCUACCAUAAACAAGCACAGCUUCCGUUACUUUGUUUUGGAUAACAGCGUCAUCCUGGCCAUGUUGGAGCAGCCUCUAGGGAAUGAACAGAAUGACUCUUUCCCCUCUGUCACGGUUUUGAUCCGUGGGACAUCUGGAAGAUUUGCGUGGGCCCAGCAACUCUGUCUUUUACCAAGAGGAGCUAAAGCGAAUCAAAAGACAUUUGUACCAGAACCUCGACCAGCUCCUAAAAAUGAUGUUGGGUUGAAACACAGUGUGAAACAACGCCCUUUUCCUGAAGAAGUGGACAAGAUUCCAUUUGUUAAAGCUGACUUGAGCAUUCCAGAUUUACAUGAAAUCGUGAAUCAGGAACUCGAAGAGCGCCAUGAGAAGCUGAGGAAUGGCAUGGCUCAGCAGAUUGUCUUUGAGACUUCCAUAGAUCAGAGAAGUGAAGAGGAGUGGCGGAAGAAGAGCUUUCCUGAUCCCAUCACGGAGUGUAAGCCCCCGCCACCAGCACAGGAGUUCCAGACAGCACGUCUGUUCCUGUCUCACUUCGGGUUCCUCUCCUUAGAGGCAUUGAAGGAACCUACUAACAGUCGUCUACCUCCUCACCUGAUUGCACUUGACUCUGCUCUUCCUGGGUUUUUUGAUGACCUUGGCUACUUGGAUUUGUUACCUUGUCGUCCUUUUGAUACUGUUUUCAUUUUCUACAUGAAGGCAGGCCAGAAAACUAGCCAGGAGAUCCUGAAGAACAUGGAGUCUUCCAGAAUUGUUCAGCCUCACUUCCUGGAGUUCUUGCUGUCUCUUGGCUGGUCUGUUGAUGUUGGGAAGCACCCUGGGUGGACUGGUCACGUCUCAACAAGCUGGUCAAUCAACAGCUGCAGUGAUGAAGAGGGACCUGAACAAGAUGAUCUAAUUAUCUCAGAAGAUGUUGGUGCAAGUAUCUUCAAUGGGCAGAAGAAGGUGCUGUAUUAUGCAGAUGCCCUGACAGAAAUCGCCUUUGUUGUCCCAUCGCCAGUGGAAUCCCUGACUGAUUCACUGGAAAGCAGUGUCUCUGACCAAGAAAGUGAUUCCAACAUGGAUUUGCUGCCAGGAAUAUUGAAGCAGCAGCCUCUGACACUUGAACUCUUCCCCAAUCAUACAGACAAUCUUAAUCCCUCCCAGCGGCUCAGUCCUACUUCUAGAUCCAAGAGGAUGCCUCAGGGUCGAACCAUUCCACCAAUGGGACCUGAAACCAAAGUGUAUGUGGUCUGGGUGGAACGUUAUGAUGAUAUAGAAAACUUCCCCCUCCCUGAUCUGGUAUCUGAGACUAGCACUGGUGUGGAAACCACAGCCAAUAGUAGCACUUCCCUGAGAUCUACCAUUCCUGAGAAGGAAAUUCCUGUGAUCUUCAUCCAUCCUUUAAACACUGGCUUAUUCAGGAUAAAACUACAAGGAGCAACUGGGAAAUUCAACAUGGUUAUCCCACUGGUGGAUGGAAUGAUAGUCAGUAGGAGAGCUCUUGGUUUUCUAGUGAGACAGACAGUAAUAAAUAUUUGUCGGAGAAAGAGGCUGGAAAGUGACUCAUACAACCCCCCCCACGUCCGCCGAAAACAGAAAAUAGCAGAUAUUGUCAAUAAAUACCGGAACAGGCAGCUGGAGCCAGAAUUUUAUACCUCACUUUUCCAGGAGGUUGGGCUCAAGAACUGCAACCCCUAGGUCAUUAUCCUUCCAGGACAAUUAGAUCAGAGGUUGGUGGCUAUACUAAUGAAAACAGUUAAAUAACAUCAACAAAUUUUCUCAGCCCUCCGGAAUUCAGGAAAUCAUGUUCUAGCACAAGUCAGCAGAUACCAUGUGGGAGGAAUGAGAAAUGAAUCUGAAACAUUGCAGUUGGGAUAUUGAAUUGAUUCACCUACCCUCAGAAGAUUACUGAAUUCUAGUCUUCCUGGAUGCUAGCAAAAUAAUCUCUUCACCCAGUCAUCCUUUCCAGACUAAUUAGGAACUGUAGGUGUCUUGCUCUGAGGGGAAAACAAUCAAAGUAAAGCCAUCUCUGCAUAUGAGGAUGGAAAUAAGAAUACAAACAAACCUGCCGUUAGAUGCCUUGCUGCACUCAUGGGUCCAAGGGCAAGAGAACAAGAUCUUUCCUUGGAGGAGGAAUCUGUUCCAGAGCAUUAACUUUCCCUGUAAGAACUUCAAAGACACUUUGAGUCUCCCUUCAGUGCUCAACAGAAGAUCCUUGGCUGGGUGUAACCCAUCUGUGUACCAGGAGCCAGAGGAGGAAGGUUGCUUGGAAGAAGCAGGCCCUGAAAGCCAAAGCCCCUAUGAUGUAUGUGGCCACUCCCAACAGGGCUCUGAGUCCAUCUGCCUACGAGACAACCACCAUCACCUGAAAUUAAGUGACUUUCCAAAAAGGAGUUAUUAUUGGAUAGAGCUUUUGAUUAUAUAAAAACGAGGUUAUGACUUUCAGGUCUGUUGCAAAAUGUCACAUUUAAUUUCAGUAGCUUGAUUUUUAUUUAAUUCUUUUUUUUAAUGCAACUACUUAAUUUAUUUUCAAGUGUCUGUGUCACCUCCUCAUCAUUUCCAUAAAAAGCAUAAACAUCACUUGCCUUCCAUUGGAUUGACAUCUGAGAUUUUGGGACUGCCUCCUCCUUGUUAUUUAUAGCAUGAGCAGUUUUUGCAGCUUCUACUACACUUUUCAGAAGCUCCUGUUAAACAGGUUUAGUACUAAACAUCUCAAAAAGAAAAUUUUUCUUUUCCCCAUUAAUUCCAAUGCCAUGAAAGCCCCUUUGGAGUUAUAAUUCACAUUGUUUUGGAUCUCCUGUAUGUUCUCACAUUCGGCAGCAGUGCUUCCCUUCCACGUAGGUGAGGAGUUUUCAUUUUCAGCCUGUGGUGUGUUCAGGACUCAAAGGACGUGCUGGGAAAAGAUGUUCACAGCUGCAGUUGGGAUCUCAGAGGUGUGGUGGGCGUGGGCAGCCCUGGGAGCACCUCUGGCUCCCAGCACAUCCCUGCUGGUGUGGCUGCAGUGAAUUGUGGCUGACACUCUGGGGAGCUGCAGCGUGACAGCAGCAGGAUCCUGAUGCUUCCAGCACCAGGUAAUUGCAGAGGAUGAGUGAGCAGGAGUUUGGGGAGCUCUUCGCGUUAUUUUCAAAGUGGUUUUAAUAAGCUGUGCUAUGCAUUGCAGUAAUACUUGUCAGGCAUUGAAUUUUGAUAUUUCAGACCUACUUUUUGCAACAGUUCUGACCUCAAGCAGUCUUAAUUGUUUCAUUACAGCUUACCUGCCAAGGACAGACCUUGCUCCUGGCUUUCCGUGUGUUUUCUCACAAGAGUUUGUGGAAACACAGGCCCCUAAAAAUACAUGUGAAAGGACUUUGAGGUGGUCAGCCAAGGUGGUGUGUGCUUGUUGCAGGGAACAAGUGCACUGGCUUCUCAAUUUAGGAGCUCUGGAAUUUGAUCCAGAUGAAUAAAAAGUGAAAAAAUGAAACCACCCAAAGAAAACCCCUGUAGCAGGAUGUGUGCUGGCUGGACCAUACCUGUGUGCUGCUCAAGUGGCACGUGGCAGAAGGAGCUCCAGGGCAGUGUUUGGGUGCAUUGGCCAAGCUGUGCAGGGGACUUGGACAGCCUCAUUCCUCUGCCAGACUCUUGCCUGGAGCACUUUAAUGCACGGAUGCUAAAUUGUGUAUGUACCUGUUGGAUCUAAUUAAUGGCCAAACACACUUGAGCCCACUGGUUUAAAAGGCAUGAGCAAUGCAUGUGUAAUCAAUAAACACCCUGAGCAACCCCUGUGUCUGCACACUGAUAGUGUAAAAGCAACCCCACCUACCAUGGCUGAGUUACACAGUCCUGGCAGAUGCAGCACAGCUGCCAGGUGCUGCUGCCAGGCAGUCAGGAGUAGUCACGGAUGCAGAUGGGCCUUGGGGCAAACCCUGGGUGGUUUCUGACAGGGAUAGCCAAGUAGACUGCCUGAAGAUUUACUUUCUUUAAAAAGACCUGUGCUUGGCUGAAGGGUUGUCUUGGGUCUAUUUCCAUGUUCACCUAAAGACACCCAUGGGAGCAGUAGCAGCUGUGAGAGCCAUAUGACUUGGCAGGAGUCUGCAAAGAAGGGAACUUGGGCACAUUGUGGCCACUUUCAGUGCCAGGGGAUGGAUGUAUCAUGUAUCAGUUGAGUUGUAGAACCAGCUGGUGAGCAGGUUACAGGUGGUGUGACAUGACUAUAUGUUGUGGGAUUGGCUCUCUGGAAAGUUGAGCAUUCAGGAGAGUCACAGUUCAGUAUAAAAAUGUUGUGAUGCAAAACUGUGCUGCCAGCCCUCAUGGUUUGGGUGCUGGUCACAGCAGUGGGCACCCUGGGCAGACUGUGCCAGUGCAGGGUGCCUGCAGGGACUGUCCCUCUUCCCCCAGGACAUGUGGAAGUCUCGGGCUUCGUAACAAAAUGCACCCCAACAGUCUGGGGCAUUAUAUCCAUCUCCUCUCAAAGUCUGACCAAACUUCAAUGGCUUUAGCUAGUCCAGGGUACUGUCUUGAGAGCUUUUCCCCUGAGAGGUCAGAGCAAAUGACGUUUAUUUCCAUUGUGACUUGCAAGAAUUAUCCAAGAAUCCAGAUUUUUUUUUUUUUUUAAUCACAAACUACUGCAUAAAAUUUCUAACUUGAUGCUUGAGUGACUUAGGUCAGCAUCCCUGUCCAUCAGAAGGGAUGAGGGCUGACACCACCCCCACCCCCUGCCCUGCAAGUGUUCCACAGUAAAUAACCUGGGGACUGUUUUCAUCCAACCUUUCAGUUUGGGUUCAUAAUUCUGUUUAAACAGGAAGUUUGCGUGAGUGACCACUGUCACAUUGUUAAACACGGUGUUGAAAUUACAUUUUAGUACCUGAAUAGAGACUUCUAAAGAAAAGCCAUUCUUUUAAAGGUACUUUUAGGAAGGCAUUAGAACCUUAGAGCCAGCAGGAGAGGGGGAGGACAGUGCCUGUGGAAAUUGGUGCAUCUGUGUGUAGCCGUGUGCAAGGCUGGAAGGAGGAGCAGCCCUGGCUGCCCUGGGCUGUACCUGCUGGGUUCUCCAUAGGUCAUGGUGUUUCUUUUCACAAGGUUCUGUGUGCCCAGGAGGAGGAGAAAACUAAAUUUCAGCCUCACAGACAAAUUUGAUGCAUUUUCUUGAUUGUGUAAUUGAGUGAUACCUUUGAAGGCAAACACAGCCCUUUUCCCCAUGGAUUUAGCAGGAGCAAUUAGAAGUGAGAAUGCCAGAUAUCAUGUGCUUCAAUCAUAGACAAUUUGUAUGAAUUCCUGUAUGUUGCCAAGACAUGAACGUUCUGUUCUUACUGUAUUUUUCUGUAAAUAUUCCUGGCGCUAAGUUGUAAAGUAAAGGUAAAAUGUAAAUACGAAGAUGUGAACUAUGUUCCGUUGUCUCUAGUACUUUAUCUCUUAUUUGUUUAGGGAAGGCACACAAAGGCUUGUUUGUAUUUAUGCCAAUUCUUUGUCCAGGAGAAACACAUCAAAUAUUGAAUGUAACACAAUUAGUCCAAUAAAUUUUAAAGAUUCUUAUCUAGUAA